UCUCCUAUUGGCUGAGGCGGCGUGGGGCCAUCCUCCAUCACAGCAAAGAAGAAAGGCGGAUUUCCUCUACGGGGAACCAGGCGGCUUCUCACUCGAGUGACUUACCUGGCGAGCGACCCAAUAAAGAAAGAAAUAAAGAAAGACGUCGGAAUGGUGGCGGCGGAGCUGGUGCAGGAGCAUCUGCGCGCGGAUGCCUCCUCCCCACCUGGCCGCAGCAAGCCGGAGGACGAGGCGGCACUCGAACCAACCUUCGGAUGCGAAACCGGUGAGGCCAAGGAGGCAGCGGCGGACGAACGCGAUGCGAUGCUGCCCGACGGAGGAGCCAAAGAGCCGAUGAAGGAGGUGCAGCGCCUGGAGACCAAGCUCUACUGGCACCGCUUCUUGGUUCUGGCCGUGUUCAGCCUCUACUCGCUCGUCAACGCUUUUCAGUGGAUCCAGUACGGCAUCUUGGCCAACGUGUUCACGCGUUUCUACCAGGUGGGCAACGACAAGGUGGACUGGCUGUCCAUCGUCUACAUGCUGGCCUACGUGCCGCUCAUCUUCCCGGCCACCUGGCUCCUGGACCGGCGCGGGUUGCGCCUCACCGCGCUGCUCGGCUCCGGCCUCAACUGCGCUGGCGCCUGGCUCAAGUGCGCCAGCGUGGGCCAGGACCUGUACGGCGUCACCAUGGCGGCGCAGGUGGUGUGCUCCGUGGCGCAGAUCUUCAUCCUCGGCCUGCCGUCGCGCGUCGCCUCCGUGUGGUUCGGACCCAAGGAGGUGUCCACCGCCUGCGCCACCGCCGUGCUGGGGAACCAGCUGGGCGUGGCCAUCGGGUUCCUGUUGCCGCCGGUCUUGGUCCCCAACACGCCUGAUGACGUUGCGCUGACGGCUCACAACAUCAGUGUCAUGUUCUAUGGCACUGCCGCCGUUUCCACUCUGCUCUUCGUCCUGACCAUCAUAGUCAUGAAGGACCGGCCGCCGCUCCCACCCAGCCAGGCCCAGGCCGUCCUGCCCGACGGCCCCUCUGAGGACUACUCCUACCGGCGCUCAAUCCUCAACUUGAUGAAGAACAAAGCCUUCAUCCUGCUGCUCAUCAGCUACGGCAUAACGACAGGCUCCUUCUACUCAGUGUCGACCAUCCUCAACCAGAUGAUCAUGGCAUGCUAUGAGAAUGAGGAGUUGAACGCAGGGAGGAUCGGGCUGACGUUGGUGGUGGCUGGCAUGGUGGGCUCCAUUCUCUGCGGCCUGUGGUUGGACCACACCAAGACCUACAAGAUGACGACGUUGUUGGUAAACUGCCUGACAUUUGUGAGCAUGGUGAUCUUCACCUUCACGCUGGACCUGAACAACAUCUACGUGGUCUUCUUCACAGGAGGCCUGCUCGGCUUCUUCAUGACGGGAUAUCUUCCGGUGGGCUUCGAGUUUGGAGUGGAGAUCACCUACCCGGAGCCGGAGGGAACAUCGUCCGGACUCCUCAACACUUCGGCGCAGACAUUUGGGAUCCUUUUCACGCUGAUUCAGGGAAAACUGACGUCAGAUUACGAAAAGCCACUGGCAGGAAAUCUCUUCCUCUGCGCGUGGAUCUUCGUGGGAGUCGUCCUCACGGGCUUCAUCAAAUCAGAACUAAAGCGACACAAUGUCAACAUCGGGGCGAACGUGAAAGAUCAACUGGCGCUUCCCAGAGAGUGUCCUGAAGAGAAGAUGACGACGCUGGAAGCGUCUCACAGCUUUGCGAGAGAAACGUCGCUGUAGCCAGGGCGUCCGAAUGGAACCCGGAGAUUUAUUUAUUUUAUUUUUUUGUCGGAGCCAGACAGACGGACGCGGACGGACAGUCGGACGGUUAGUGUACAUCCACGCCAACACUGACUUUUCCUGAGUUUACUUGAAUGCAUCGCUUCCCGCUGUUGUUUCAAUGGAAGACACCGCGGCAAAAAAGAAGGAAGCGCCGGACUGACAAAAGUCUUGGAGCAUAUUAAGAAUAAACCUAAAGGAAGCCCUUUGAAUAUUUAUUCCAUAUCCUUGAUAUCUAUCUUAAAGUGCGACUGUCAUCCCUAUAAACAUUGUAAAAUAGAUAUUGUAAUGAAAAAUACAUAACAGUAUUCACUUCAAUGUCUACGCGAAAAAAAAAAAAGAAGUGAGCGUUGAGCGAGUCAUCCAUGCAGAAAGUUGCGCAAUUGAGUGUCCCUCGACAUCCAAGUGGUCCCCAUAUUAGUCGCGUCAUCUAACCUUGACAUCAUCGUCACUUCCGCCGUUUAAAACGUGCAGUGCUUGCUACUAUGGAAGCCGAACAACAGAGAUAUUUGCAUUUUUCCGACGCCCCUUUUAACACCGAAGCUCUUUUCGAAAAGGACAACACCACACAAGUGAGUGAAGGUACCGGGGCAAUAUUACCCUAUUGUUUUGAGCCAUAUUCAGAUGAUAUCCGAUCACGGCCAAACCGCAUCCCGUCCGAUCCACGUCCGCGGCGGAGAUGAGCCAUCGCGGCUCAUUGCAGCCGACCGUGUAGCUCAUCUCCUUUACAUCACUUCCUGCUUCCCGAAAACAAAUCCCUGAGAGGAUUUUCAUGACGGGAGUUACAAAAAGCUGUAUUUGUCAAAAUCAUGUUUUGUGGUAAAAAACACAUGGGACCAUAUUGGCUGUGUGUUUUUCAUUAAUAAUGUACCAAAUAUCAUCCGUUUGACGACACUUGACCUUUAAGGUUCAUGUAUUAAUACACUCUUUAUCCACGGGAAUAAAAUAAUUCUGCACACUUGUAGGACUGGUUCAAAUAGGGCUACAACUGGUAAUUUUUCAUUACGUCAAGUAUUUCUUUUUCGUUCAAUCGAUGAGCAGGGUAAAAAAAAAAAAUAAUUUUUUUUUUUUUUUUUUCACGGCUAUGUUCCAAAACCGGACAUUAUUUCCAAUUGGUAGUGCAGAAAAUGGGCCAACAUAAAUAGAUAAUACGUCAUUUCCUGGUUUGUAACACGUCAGUAAAUCUUAGUUUUCCAAAGUAAAAGCAGAUGUUUGCAAAUGUCUUACUUUGAUUCAACACAAAGAAAAUUUGUAUUUGCUGUUAAACAAGGUUUCUAAAUGGUUAAUGGAUGAUCAAAAUAUUCCUCUUCAUUUGAUAAUCGAUUAGUCAUCGAUUAAUUGUUGCACUUCUACUUUCAAAGUAAAUUUUAUUCCAUUUUUAUCUUCCACGGCUGUGAUCCACUAUGAGAACGAUGUUGAUUACUAGUAGAACUACGUUAAUACUGAGGAUAAUCUACACACUAGUUGAUGAAUAGUACCUUCAACUCACAUGCACAUAUUGUUGCGGCAUAAUGCAAAAUCAAUUUUGAUCCAAUUAUUCAAUCAGUUAAUGAGAUAACUGGUGGAAUCGUCAAUUCCAAAAAUAUUCAUCAGCUGCCGUUUCAGUCACUUGUAGUACUCGAAGCACGCAGUUGUCAACUAGUGCACUGUUUUGCCUCACUCAUAUCGCACUGUUGUACAACUAGUAUGCCAAAGUUGUUUAAAGAGUGUACUAGUACAUAAACCUGAAGCAAAUAUUGGAUGUAAAAGCCGUUUGAGAAUUAAUUUGACAGCAAAGAUUUCCAAAGCGUUUGAGCAUUCGUAUGAUUUCAUUGCAUACUCACCGAUAGCUACUAGUGUAGGCCAAAAGUGUGACUUAUAGUCGGGAAAAAAAAUCUAGUCAUUCUGCCGGCACGCCAAAUUGCCUUUUGAGUGAGGACAAAGUGGGUACUAGUACACCGAGCUCACUGCUGGGAAUACUAGUUAGCAUGGCUAUUUGACUUCUCAAGCCAUCAUUUGGCAGUGAACGUGUUUAAAAUAGAAAUCGCGGAUAUCGCAUAAAUGCUCGAGAAGUUUUCUAGACAGUCAAUGUGCACAACGACACGCACAACUUUUUAUAUUUAGGCGCAUGCUGUUUGCGUGCGUGCGUGAGUGGAGCGCGUUGCGUGAAGUACAGCGCGAUGACGUCACACACCGCUUUAUCUCGUUUCAUUUGUCCUGAUACAGUUUCCUCCUUUUGUACUUUAAAAUUUACUGUGUACUUUCAAAUUGCUGGGCACUAACACCUUGACAACCGGUUUUAUUUUUACACUGAAAACUUUGAUCUCUUAUUUGUUAGAAAUAUGAACUUUCUAGUAUUUUUUUUUGCCAAAGUUGAAUAAAUAAUCAAUAAUUUAAUCAAGUAAAAUCUAAAAUAAAUCUAUUCAUUUAUUUCACUACCCAUUUAUUUAUUUCAUAAAUAGAUCUAUGUUCAGUAUAAUUAAUUCAUAGAUUUUUUUUAAAAUGAGUUGAAUUCAUUUCACUGAAAUAGUUCACCUUUUAGUGGUUUAUAUUAAUAUAUUUAUGUAAUUUUGGCAUUGGGUUGUAAUUAUGCAAACUUAAUAGUCAUGUUACACGAUGCUAGUUAGGUUUAUUCAAGAUAUUUUAUAAACUACUUGAAGCAUUUAUUAUUUUGUACUUGUUGGGGUUUUUUGUUCAUGAGAAUGAGAACAUUUGAAUUUUUGUAAAACAUAAGAUGUGUUUGUAUUUGUUUCUUUUAAUGUGGCUAAACAUAAUAUUUGUUAUAUGUGUAAAAUGGACAGUUUGGAUUCUUAAAAAAAAAAAAAUCACUAGUGCCAUGCAGCACACAAAGAAUCCAACUUAUCCACGCGAAACUAAUGUAUGACUACUUGUUUAUCGCUGACUACAUCAUCAGUCAUGACACUAGUUGAAGUACCUGGAUGGAGAAAUGACUGGAGUUGUUGUUAAAAGUGUCAAGUGUUGUUGUUAUAACAAUAUUAUAACAACAUUGUUUCUGUUGCCUGUCAACACUGCUGUGGGGAAUCACAAUGUGCUUCCCAAUUAUUACCUUUUAUUCCCAUGACUACUAGUAGCACAACUAAAAAAAAAAAAAAAAAUUCUGUCAUUAAACUACAAUUAACUUCA